GCCGUGUUUGGUUUGCGUGCGGAGGAGUGGGCUAUCAGCGGGACCGACAUGGCAGAAGGAGCGGAGCAGGUCCGCAGAAACGUCCCGGAAAAACGUUAAAAAAAAAAAAAAAACGGCAGCGUGAGGAGGUGACUGCGUAGGAGAACUAGGAGACCAAGACCGGUGGCCUUCAGGCUGCAACCAUGCCAGAGUCCUCCACGGUGAAGGACGUUCUCAGCAGCUCUGUUGAAUGUCGAACAUCCCCCUUGAGGCGGUUCAGCCUGUCGGCGCUGCACAGAAACUCUCUCGGUGUUUUCUGCUCAGAGGACAAUGUCCAAGAAUGUCUGUCACACAUCAGUCAGGAGGUGUCGUCUUUCGGUCUUCGACCGGCUUGGACGGAGCCUGGCAGCGGCUCCGAGCUGAACAUCGUGGCUGCGCUGAACUGCAUGUAUGACCUGAUUCAGCUGCACCGCCGGGGCCUCCGAACGCUGGAGAACAUGGAAGUGGAGCAGCUGAAGUCGAACAGCAACGUGGACUUCCUGCAGCUCAGCACCACACGGCUGAAGGAGCAGCUUGAAAUCUCUAAAAGAGAAAACACGGGACUCCUUGAGAGAGAACGACAGCUACAGCUGAAAGUGAAGAGUUUGCAGAACUGCCUGAAAAAUGAAAAAGAAGAGGUGCAGAAACUUCAGAAUGUAAUUGCGAGUCGAGCCAGUCAGUACAAUCAUGAGAUGAAAAGGAAAGAACGAGAGUUUAACAAACUAAAGGAGCGAUUAAAUCAACUUCUGGUUGAUAAAAAGGAGAAGAAACAAGCCAUUGACGUAUUGAACAACAUUGGGAGAGCUGAUGGGAAGAGAAGCCUUUGGAAAACUGAAAAGAUGGAAGCAAAGCAUGAGGGGGAAAUGUACAAGACUCUGCUGAGCGACUACGACACCCGACAGAGGGAGCUCCAGCUGGAAAACGCAGAGUUGAGGAAAGUGCUGCAGCAGAUGAAGAAAGACAUGGUAUCCAUUCUGAGCUCCAGGAAACCGGCAGCGAAAGGCGACAAACACGAACACGGCGGCACGCAGGCUGCUUCAGAGGAGGAAGAUGAUGAGGCAUUUGAUUCUAGUAAGGAGAGCGUGGAGCUGUACUGCGUUCAUGCUCGGGAGAAGCUGACCAACAGUAUUCGUCUGCAGUGGAGGAGGCUGAAGAGUCACGUUGAAAGACUGGACAGCCAAGUUUCUUCAGCUCAGACAGGUGAGAGUAAAAGCACUGAUGCUGUUCCACGAGAGACUCACGAGGAGGAGAUGGACCGACUGAAGCUGGAGAUUCAGCAAUGCAAAGACUUCAUUCAAGCGCAACAGCAGCUGCUGCAGCAGCAGCUCAGCUCUCCAUGUGACGAGGAAACUGCAUCCCUGCUGAGUGACUGCUACAUGCUGCAGGAGAAGGAGCGACUCGGAGACGAGUGGAAGACCCUGGAGGAGCAGAGGAAGAUCUUCGAGAGGGAGAGGAGGAACUUCACAGAGGCAGCUAUCAGACUGAGCCACGAGAGGAAGGCCUUCGAGGAGGAUCGCGCCACGUGGCUCAAACACCAGUUUUUGAACCUGAGUCCAUUUUCAGACUCAAAGAAACCUUCGCUGUCAAAGUCUAAAAGUGCCUUUUUAAUAUCAGCUGAAACAGAUUCGAGUGCUGCUGUGGCUCCGGAGAAGUUCAUCAAACACCGAUCAGAAUCGCCCAGAUGUGUCCCACUGACGUCGCCUUCCACUGCUGACCUGUACCGCACACUUUGCCUUAUCCCAGAGGACAGCUCAACAAAACCAAAGAGAAAGACGGAACACGUUGAAGAGUCGAGCGUCUUUUGUGGAAAUGCUCCAGUCCGGCACAAACGGUGGGACGGCAUCCAAGACCGGACGCUCUCUCAGGAAAAGAACAGCUCCAUAUGAAGCCAUAAACACUCCGAAUCAUCGUUAGUAUUCAUUAAAUAUGGAUGGUUCAUGGUGUUUCUGUCUGAAUUGUGACUGCUGAACACUCAAGGAUUGAAUAGCUGUCAGUGGGAGCCAAGCGAGAGCUGUUGUGACUGGAAGAUAUAGUUUUGUACUAACGUAUGUUGUAAAGGUAUUUAUUUAUUUAUGUGGUUUUGUAAAUGGUGUUUUGGCAGUUUUUUAUGUCUUGGAUCGUGCAAGUAAUGACUCAUUUAGCUUAUCGGGUGACGCUGCAGCUAAAGUUGCCUAAAUGUUAGCAGCUUUUUUUUUUUUUUUUAAUCAUGUUAAAAAUAUCAUGGAGCUGUCCAGGAGUUUUAGAAUGUAGAUUUAAUGCUGCUGGUUCUCUCAAUGCAAUAAGAAAAUUAACAAAUGAGGUAUGUUUGUGUAGUUUUAACAUCGCAGUGUGGUGCUACUUUCUAGUAAAUGUUAGAUUAGAAACCGACACUGCUGUUAAAUAGCAUGAGAGGCUGUAAAAUCUAACACAAGCUACACAAUGCGUCAUAGAUAUCGAGGUUAGAUCACAUUAGUAUAAAUGUAGAUUGUUUUAUGUUUUUAUUUUGAGUUUAUAUUGACGGAUCGGUGUGAAAUCAUGUGUUCUAGGAGUAUUAUUGAAUUUAAGUUCAUAAACGGGUGCAGUUUCUUUUCAUUUGACAUGUGUUUAGAGUCUGUUGGGAACUAAUUUUCAACAGCGCUUCCUGUUUAUUUCGCUAACUGGGAGACAAAAAACGUCAAAUAUAAAAAGGAUGCUGUGAUAAAAUACCAGUUCAGCAUUCAGAUUCGGUUUAUGGAGAUGAUUCUUGAACCCCCAUUUGUUAUGACGUGGCUCAAGAAGCAUGAUAUUAAAUCAAAUUAAACCAGAUUAAGUAUACAGAACAUGGAGUUGUGGAACAAACUAAAGCUGCAGAAAGAAGCAAAGACACCUUAAGUAGUCCAGAAAUAAACUAAAUGUGGCAGUUGUUCACUUUAAACAACCUGCAGAUAGAACAAAAAUCCAGUUUAAUACAGUAAAAGCCCCCAAGAGAACCACAAGGGUAAUUACAAAUGAAAGGUAAGCAGUUUUAUAAUAAAAUACUUUAGUGAUUGUCUCACAAUAUGGCAAAAAAUAAAGAUUCUGAUCGAUAUCUCUGUUGCUGUACAAUAAUGAUGAUGUAUUCUGGUCACUUUGUAUUAUGAUAUACUGGCCACAGAUGGAAUUUAAUUCUCUUUUUGUCAACAGAAAAUUUAGAUGACAUGAAAUUUUAUUUAGUCUCUGCACAGACUGUAAUUUUUGCAAUAAAUGCUAAUGCUUCCAUCACUCUCACAUACAACGGUAGUGAUUUUGUAAGAAGAUUGUAAACUUCAACUCGUAUCUCCCUUAAGAAUGUGUUUUUUGUCCAUCUAAAGUUUCUGCUGUGUC